CAGAAAAGUGCGACAAUGGAGAAGUUUGCAAAAUUCUAGUAUAUAUAGCAGGUUUGCAUAAAGAUUCAAGAAUCCUGGGCAGCUCCCAGAUUUGUACCUGCCCUGCACAAACAUGUGUUGGAUGUUAAUACAUCUUCUGGAGAUGGGUUGGAAUUAUAGAGCCAGUAUGUGAAGGUAUUAUGCGCACAAUCAAUGGAGAAGGGGCUGCAAAAAGAGCAGCCUUUGGUAGCCUCGAGAGAAUCCAAUGAUAAGCGGGCCAUGGUUUCAAACCCCAGCGACCUCGCAUGCAACCACCUUAUCUCUAUCAGUGCCCAGACUGAGUACAAUUUCUCAUCGUUGUCACUCUGCUACUACGUGUGAUCAGUAUUUCUGCUCCUCUUCUUCUUCUUCUUCUUCUUCUUCUUCUGCAUUUCAGCCAACGCUCCCAUGAUAGCGGCUACCGUUCCGCAAGUUUCUGUGAUCUUGGUGUCUCUUGUGAGAGCACAAAAGGUGGUAUUGUGAAGUUCGUGGAGGAGCUCGGUGGAAGGUUGAUAGGUGGUAGCAGAGAUGGCGGAGGUGAAGCAGCUAGUACGUUGUUACGUGGCGCUAGGGUUGGUAGUGGCUCAUUGUCCAUUAGCUGGACGAAAUCCCUGCUGAGGAUAGAGGGCAAACCACAUAUAUUCCUGGCAAAGUCGUAGCCACUCAGCCACAGAGGACUCUUCUCGACAACCCCAAAUUACAUGUCGUGAACCAUGGAGGUUGGCUCGUUGUAGAAAAGUGGAUUAAGCCAAAGUUGUUUGAUGGCAUACCUGACGGCGAUCUUCUUGUAGGUGGCCCUCACUUAUUUUUCUAAUACAAACGCCUUUUUCAUUCCCAAUUCGAUAAAGGAAAUAUCUUUUCCAGUGUGUCCCUUUCAUCCAGACCGUUGUUGAGCUCGACGGUUGACGUUGUCUUUUUGCAAGGUCUGUUGGAAUGAGAGUAUAAUAUAGAGAGGCUGGAUGGUCUGUACCUUGUACGACUCCAUUUACAAGCGCAAUCAGCCUCAUGGCCAGCUGUGAUUUGGGAGUGAUGGGUAGCUCGAAAAUCUCGACCAAGUUAUGGCUUUGAUCUACAUUAAUUUGAAUAUUAAGCAUAACUGGGCGUGCAAUAAGUUUUGAAUGAAAUAUGACAAUGAAACCAGGAUGGAAUAAAAAUUUCAUUGCAAUCUACAUCGAAAGGAACUAUUGUGUCAUUUGGAGCAGGUAGAGGAAAACAGGUUGUUCCGAAUGAAGCAGCUAUUUCUGGUUGGGAGACAUUCGACGUGGGCUCCUAAUCCCUGCACCUAAUACGUUCAUCGUCACAGCAAAACUUCCCCUUUCCAGUUCCUUCUGCAUCUCAUGCAGAUAGUGUUAAUUGAGGUCAAUCUUUUCAAAACUGUAGUUUCUUUUCUGAAGAAUGAUAGGAUGUUACACCAGGCCAUGAGUAUGUCAGACUUAAGUUGUCGAUCUUACAUGGCUGAGGGCAUAAACUUCGACUCAAUAGUGCACAGCUUCAAAACAUACUAACUAAAUCAUGUCCAACUUGCAAUUGUAGAGGACUAAGGGAAGCAUUGAGCGUAGCCUUAAGUCUUCCAUGUGUGGUCUCUUCUGAGCUGCACAAAUUCAACUUGUGAGGUGGAUUAACUUGUUGAAUAGAUUUGGCGAGUAUCCGCUGGAGUCUACCAAUUGCGAGUGCAAUAACAUGUUUGUGUCAGCAAUUAGUGGAAGAGGAGGGAUUGUGCUAGCAGCUGCAGCAAGUCCAUAUGACUGGAAAACUUUCAUCAUCCGCAACCAAGCAAAUCCUUCUUUGGUUCAUAUCCAAGCUAAUAACGACAUGUAUCUCUAGGCAAAGGAUACAAACCAGUUGACAGCAGACUUUGAAGGGGAACCGAGAUGGGAUAACAAUGAUGCCACAUUUAUUAUGAUGGUCAGAACCACAUUGGGUACCAGCUUGCUAACGGCUGGGGAGCGUCUGCCCCUGCUGUUUUUAAGUGCUCACGGGAUCAAAGUUAUCAUAGACCUUCAUGCUGCCUCCGGCUCUCAAAAUGGACAGGAGCACAGUUCCUCAUGCAAUGGUAUUUCUGAAUGGGCUAAGCAAGGAGGAACAGAUUAUUUGUACGAGUCGAUCAUGGCUACAGAGUUUCUGGCUAGCAGAUAUACAAACAACCAAUCGUUAUUGGGAAUUGAGCUUCUGAACGAGCCGAGUGCAGAAAUGGUCCCCUUCGAUGUGUUGGAGUAUUACUACAAAUGGAGUUACAGCGUAAUACGAAACCAUACAGCUUCCGCGUAUAUGAUCAUGUGCCAAUGCAUUAGAGGUGAUUGGACGGAGUUUGUAAACGUGUUGCCAGCAGAUAACGUUGUCCUUAAUGUUCAUUUAUACAACCUUUUCAAUCUAGACCUCUUUGGUAUGACCACCGCCCAAUGGAAUAUUGAUUUCGUAUAUAACGACCAGCUCAGUCUUCUACAAAAACUCAACAUGGCUGGGAAUGCUCUCAUCUUUGUUGAGAGUGAGCAAAUGAAUGGGAGGUUCAAGCUGCAUCCUAAAAUGAUUAUCAGAAGUUUGGGCAGCUCAACUGCAGGUGUUUGGCCAAGCGACCUUUGGUUGGGCUUAUUGGACAUAUGAGAACCAGCAUAACCUUUGGUCAUUUAAGCAAUUCGUCCACCAGGGUUAUCUUCAAGCUCCAUGGAACUGGUGGCCAUAACAGAGCACCUCCUUAGACUCCAGAUAUGGCACCAUACUAAUAGAACUUCCAAUUCAUGUUCCUGAUUCAAGCAUGACAAAAUUUAGUUGGUUGAGUCUUGUAACAUUUUCAUGAUCUAUCAGGUCUUGAGAUAGUUGACUGAAAUUACCAUCAACGAUGUCAGAAAUGUCUUUUUAAGAACAAUACUUGGCAGCCGGAAAGCUUUUAACGUCAUUCAACUAAUUUCUUCUUCAAUUGGAGUGUGGAAGCAAAACUAUCUUUGCCUUCGGACGAAACCAAACUCUCAAAUGGUUGUUUUCUCUUUACUUGAUGCGAAGUCAGUCAACUGUGAGUAGCUGAUAACCAGGUUCAUAUUAACAUUGAAAUAAUCGGAACUUUUGAAGAAGUUUUGGCAUGUGUCAAUACCUAGUGCAAGUGUAAUGUCACUAGAUCUAGACUUGAGCAUGGAUAGAUAAUUUAGUUAGAUGGUGUAUCCUACAAAUUCGUUUCCACAUUAUUUAUUUUUUCCUCAAAUGGAACUGGAAAGUUAUUUAACGUUA